AUGGUGACAAUCACAAGUGUGACUACGAAGGAUGUCAGGUUUCCGACAUCCCUUGACAAGACCGGCAGCGAUGCCAUUAACGCUGCUCCCGACUACUCGGCCGCCUACUGUAUCCUCCACACAGACUCUAAGCACUCAGGUCAUGGCAUGACCUUCACGAUCGGACGAGGAAACGAGAUCGUAUGCCAGGCGAUAGCCGCACUUUCGGAACGCGUGAAAGGCAAGAAGCUCGAAGAUCUGGUAGCAGAUUGGGGCAAGACGUGGAGAUAUCUGGUCUCCGACUCACAUCUUCGUUGGAUAGGGCCUGAAAAGGGCGUGAUACAUCUUGCGUUGGGAGCUUUGGUGAAUGCGAUAUGGGAUUUGUGGGCGAAGCAGCUGGGUAAGCCUGUGUGGAGGAUCGUGGCUGAGAUGAGCCCGGAGGAGUUUGUGAAGUGUAUAGACUUCAGGUACAUCACAGACGCAAUCACACCGGAGGAAGCCAUUCAGCUUCUGAAGGAGCAGGAGCCCGGUAAGGCGCAGAGGAUAAAGGAGGCGGAACGGAAUCGUGCUGUGCCUGCUUAUACAACGAGCGCCGGUUGGUUGGGAUACGGUGAAGAGAAGAUGAAAGCUUUGCUGCAGGAGACUGUCAAUGAAGGAUACAGACACUUCAAGCUGAAAGUUGGAACGAGUGUAGAGCAAGAUCGGCAGCGGUUGAGUAUCGCGAGGUCUGUGAUUGGAUAUGAUAAGGGAAAUUUGCUGAUGGUGGAUGCAAAUCAAGUGUGGAGUGUGCCCGAAGCCAUUGAGUACAUGAAGCAGCUGGCAGAAUUCAAGCCGUGGUUCAUCGAGGAGCCGACGUCCCCAGACGAUGUGUUCGGGCACAAGGCUAUUCGAGAAGCGCUCAAGCCACUGGGCAUCGGUGUUGCCACUGGAGAGAUGUGCCAGAACCGGGUCAUCUUCAAGCAGCUGAUCGUGCAAGGUGCGAUCGAUGUGUGCCAGAUUGAUGCAUGCCGAAUCGGAGGCGUGAAUGAGGUCCUAGCCGUGCUUCUCAUGGCCAAAAAGUAUGGAGUACCAAUUGUGCCACACAGCGGAGGCGUUGGUCUGCCGGAAUAUACUCAACACCUGAGCACUAUUGACUACGUGGUUGUAUCGGGAAAGCUUUCUGUUCUGGAGUAUGUUGAUCACUUGCAUGAACACUUCUUGCAUCCCUCUGUGAUCAAGGAUGGAUAUUACACGACACCCACCGAACCUGGAUAUUCCGUGGAGAUGAAGGCUGAGAGCAUGGAUCGAUAUGAGUUCCCCGGCAAAGAGGGCGUAAGCUGGUGGCGGACUGCAGAGGCAGAGCCCAUCACCAAGGGUGCCAGGACAUAG